UUGGCUAGAUAUAGCUUGCAUUAGAUGGUAAAUAUAGCCUUUUGCAUGAUGUUGAAAAAUAUGCUAAAAGAAAGACAGCAUUUAACUCCUUGUACGUUUUUUAGUACAUGCACGGCAAUUGGUGAUUGCUAAUAAGUGGAUUUGUUUUACUAAGGAAUGAGGUUAAGCAUGCAGGUCAACAUGAACGCGCAUCGUAAAAGUAAUCACUCAUGGAGGUUUCGGUGAGGGUGCGCGCUGAUCGCAACGGGAACGCGCAAUGCUGAUGACGCGCAAGCAUGCCGAUGUAAAUCACUGCAAUGAGGGGCGGGUGGAGGACACCGGCUACAGCCCUGCCUCCAAGACACACGACAGGCAGGCAGAGCACCAUCACAGGGGCAACAAAGGGACGCAUGGUUCCUCUCAGGCAUCAAAUGAAUAAAUGAUCCAUUGAGACAAAUUCUGCCUACAGAAAAACGACUUUUUUUUCCAUCUGUCCUCACCUCAAAGCACUACGCAGUCAUGGAGCUGGAGCACUUUGAUGAGCGGGACAAGGCUCAGAGAAAUACCCGCAGGGGCUCAAGAGGGAAUGGGCUCCCCAGUCCCACUCAUAGCGCUCAUUGCAGCCUGUACAGAACCAGGACACUGCAAGCACUGACCUCAGAAAAGAAGGCCAAGAAGAUUCGUUUCUACCGCAAUGGGGACCGUUACUUUAAAGGCAUUGUGUAUGCCAUAUCUCAGGACAGAUUUAGGUCUAUAGAAGCACUCCUUGCUGACCUCACAAGAGCUCUGUCAGAUAAUGUGAACUUGCCACAAGGGGUUCGAACCAUAUAUACCAUUGAUGGGACAGCAAAGAUCACCAGCAUGGACCAGCUGGUGGAGGGGGAGAGCUAUGUUUGUGCAUCCAUAGAGCCCUACAAGCUGCUGGACUACACAAAGAAUGUAAAUCCUAACUGGUCACAUGGUGCAAGGACGGCUGUGUCCAUCCGUGAUCCUCCUUCACUUGGUAGUGCCAAGGCUGGAUCCCCAGAAACCAGGGAGAGCAAGGACUUUAUUAAGCCUAAACUGGUAACCAUUGUCCGCAGUGGAGUAAAGCCUCGCAAGGCUGUACGUAUCUUGCUCAACAAGAAGACUGCACACUCCUUUGAGCAAGUCAUGACUGACAUCACAGACGCCAUCCAGCUGGACUCUGGUGUCGUCAAAAGGAUAUAUACUGUUGACGGCAAAAUGGUGUCCUGCCUUCAAGACUUUUUUGGGGACGAUGAUAUAUUUUUUGCCUGUGGCCCUGAGAAGUUCCGCUAUCAGGAUGACUUCAACUUGGAGGAGGGUGAGUGCCGGGUCGCAAAGUCUGCCUCAUAUGGCCGGCUCCCUUCCGGGCAUGGUCUCUCCUCCCCAAGAGUUGGUGGGAUGUCCCGCAGAAGCAAGUCUCCAUCAUCCACUGGUUCAGCAAAUGGCACUGCAGGCAGUCAGCUGUCCACACCUCGAUCUGGGAAGUCUCCUAGCCCAUCUCCAACAAGUCCAGCUAGCCUUCGAAGACGACGGGGAUCUCAACACAGUGGCUCUUCUCUCUCUUUAGCUUCCACUAAGGUUUGCAGUUCAAUGGACGAAGGAGAUGGGCUCAGCAGUGAAGCUGAGCCAGUGGAUGAGUGUCCCUCAGUCCCUGCGUCCAUCGCGGAGAGGUACAAAGUGGGGCGGACAUUAGGGGACGGAAACUUUGCCGUGGUCCGAGAGUGUGUGGAGAGAUCUACUGGAAGGGAGUAUGCUCUGAAGAUCAUCAACAAAGAUAAAUGCAGGGGAAAGGAGCACAUGAUCCAGAGCGAAGUGUCAAUCCUUCGGCGUGUGAAACAUCCCAACAUAGUACUCCUAAUUGAGGAAAUGGACACCUAUAGUGAGCUCUAUCUUGUAAUGGAGUUGGUUAAGGGCGGGGAUCUUUUUGAUGCUAUCACCUCCUCAAACAAAUACACAGAGCGAGACGCCAGCUGUAUGCUGUUCAAUCUGGCAAGUGGCAUCAAGUACCUCCACAGCCUCAAAAUUGUCCACAGAGACAUAAAACCUGAAAACCUGUUGGUAUUUGAACACCAAGAUGGUAGUAAGUCUCUGAAGCUAGGUGAUUUUGGCUUGGCUACCAUCGUCAACGGGCCCCUCUUUACUGUGUGUGGCACGCCUACCUAUGUAGCGCCAGAAAUAGUGGCUGAGACCGGAUAUGGCCUCAAGGUUGACAUUUGGGCAGCUGGUGUGAUCACUUACAUACUUUUGUGUGGCUUUCCACCUUUCCGUAGCAGUGGUGAAGAUCAGGAGGCCCUGCUUGAACAGCUUUUGAAGGGUCAGCUGGAUUUCCCGGCACCAUACUGGGACAAUGUGUCUGACAAUGCCAAGGCUCUGAUCACUUUGAUGCUUCAGGUAGAAGUGGAUCAGAGAUGCACAGCUGCGCAGGUGCUCGAUCACCGCUGGGUUAAUGAUGAUGGUGUGUCAGAGAAUGAGCCCCAGCUGCCUGUGGCUGGCAAGAUCAAGAAACACUUCAACACCGGGCCCAAGCUCAACAGCACCGCAGCAGGAGUGUCAGUCAUUACAACCACGCCACUUGAUAAGGAGAAGCAAGUUUUCCGACGAAGACGCAACCAGGAUGUGAAGCUCUCUCCUCACCUACCACGCAGUAUGGGUGCCGGCGCCUCACGCAGUGCCAACCAUGGCCUCUCUGUCGCCGAGUUAACCCCUGAGUCUGAAGACUAUUCCCCGGGUUCAGCUGGCACUGUCCGUUCACCCAUCUCUCCGUUCUAACAGCCUAAAGAGGCCAAAGCACUGUCCACCCUUACAUGGAGAAAUGUGAGCCGGUGAAGUGCAAAACUGAAAGACCCAACAACGGGCUUACUCUUAUAACUUGGACAUUCUCACACUGCAUACCUGACCUGUACCCGUUUAGUGUUUUGUUCAUAAGAUACAUGGAUUGAGUAAGAUAAGAGACAAAUGAGUCUUUGGAUCAAAGAAUAUGCCGUAAGAGCAUGCAACGAUUUUAAAUACAGCCCCCAACCCCUUUCAAAAAGUUACCAAACUGCUAAAGUCUUUUUUCUAUGCAGCAUGUAGUGGUUCAUUGUAGUACUUUAGAGCCCUCUACUGGUCUAUAUUAUGUACUGCAGGAAAUACAUUAUACAUGAAUGGGAGUUGUAGUUUCUAAAUAUUAUAGUACAUCAUUUUUGUGACGGUACAUUUGACUUAUCCUGGUUUGAACACAAAUAAAAAAACCUCUAAAUGUGA